AUGUCGGACGUUGCGCCGCCCGUUAUACCACAGCUCAAUAAGCCAUUGAGCUUAAUACCAGUAGGCUUGAAAGAAGCAGCCCUCGACUCACCCACCUUUCGCGCGACAGCAGUACAUUUCUCUGAUCAAGUGGAGAUACUUGAGAAAUGGCUCGAUGCCUAUGUCAAAUCUAUAACCAAACUUGUUCACGACGCUUCGUCAUUAGAAGAUGCAUUCAAUAACUUUCUCUUUCGAUCGAUCCCUCCUGCGAACGUUUCCGAAGCUGUCCUCGAUCAUGACUAUACCUUAUUGGCAAUGCAAAGAUUCGGAGAAGGGUCGAAGGAAUGGUGGUCGCAGAUUAUGGCUGGUACUAGGAAAAUUGAUACAAAUAUAUGCGAGCCCAUCAAAGCAUUCAUGGCUUCAGAACUACGGAAUUUCAAAGAUGCUCGAAGAUAUUUAGAGCAAUCGCAGAAGACAUUUGACUCUACACUAGCAAGAUAUGUGGCGCAAUCAAAAACUAAAGAGCCUUCGGCGCUGCGAGAGGACGCUUUUCAAGUACACGAAACCAGAAAAGCAUAUUUGAAAGCAUCUUUGGACUUUUGUUUACUUGCGCCCCAGCUACGAUAUACGAUCGACAAAUUACUUGUGAGAGUAUCAACUGAUCAAUGGAAGGAGAUGAAGAGAACAAGAGAAGUCUCUUCGUUAACUCUUUCUAAAUGGGGUCAUGAGAUGGAUCGCGUGCGAGGAUGGAGCAAAGAAAUGGAAGCUGGUGAGGCAACAUUCCGCCGUGAAUUGCAGCUUGCCAGGCGAGAUAUUGCGGAAACUGCAUCCCAGGCAUCAAAACCAUCCAGGGAGUUGGAAGACUACAAUCUUUCAACGGUUGCCUACCUUGGCUCAAGAGGACCUUCGACUGGACUUAUUCAACCUCAAAGCAAACAUGCUGAACGAUCGGAAAAACAAGAUUGGCUGUUCUUACGAACAAUAUCUGGUAAGCCCGCAAGAACUUUGUGGGUCCGUCGCUGGUUUUAUGUUAAAGACGGUAUUUUUGGUUGGCUGGUUCAAGGAAUACAAUCUGGGGGAGUAGAGGAGAGUGAGAAGAUUGGCGUCCUUCUUUGUAAUGUGAAACCGGCUGUUCAGGAAGAUCGCCGAUUCUGUUUUGAGGUCAAAACCAAAAAUCAAACAAUUCUUGUUCAAGCAGAGACCCAAGCUAUUCUUAUGGAAUGGCUUGAGGCUUUUGAACUUGCUAAAAAUAAAGCUCUCGAGGCUAGUGCAAAUCCUAGAACGCUUCGUGCUGGAGGAAUCGAUCCCGCAUUCGCUAUUACUCCACCUUCUAUUCCCGAAUUUGCUGCCAAAAAUGCAGAUGGUCAAAUUUCGUAUGGCAGUGAAGAUGUGGUCGAAAGGUCCGGCACACUACCUAUCCCUGGAGUAGAGUUUGCUGGAAGGCCCAGCUCCGAUAUUGUCCCUCCUCGUCGUUCUGUUACUUCAAGAGAAGAGGGCGAAACUGGUCGAGAACAUGCUGCUAGAAUCAUGCAAAAACUGGAUCUGCACAGAAAGUCGACUAGCAUGCAGUCAAACGAACCUCCAAGUGCAUCUCAACCUGCAUCGGGUGGUAUCGCUAGUUUGAUAUCAGCUAGUCAUACGAUUCUUCCAAUCUCUGCACCUUCAACAUCUACAAAUAACCUUCCCAAUCCACAAAUUACCUUACAGUCACCAACUCAAGAUUAUGCUGCAAGUACCUUGGCGCCCUCCACCCUCAUAAACCCGCCUGCUCCUACAAACUUAAGCAAAUCGGCAGUGAUAGUUAGCGGAGAGCGUGGAAUUGGUCUUGGUCAGAGUGACGCUAGUGGAGGAAUGCCUAGUGGUAUAAUGGCCAAUCUAUGGGGCAGUAGCAAUUGGGGAUACAUCAAUCGCCUUGAAAAGGGAGAAAUCAAAACUCCAAGCUCAGGAUCUCGCUCGGCACCUGGUAGCCCACGUAUAAAGCCGUUGGAACCAUCUCCAAAGAUAGGUACGGACGAGAACUUAAAACCCGAUAAUGGACUUGGGUCUGCAAAGAGCCCCAUUAGUCCAUUGACUGAUUCUUUAGCAACCCCAGUUCCCUCACCCAUGGUUCACCGAAAAGCCGCCAGUGCUAGUAUCGAUAUUGAAGUUGCGCGUGCAGCGAAUCAAUCUGCAUCCAGACCAGAAGUAUACCCGAGCAAUUACCCAAUCCAGCUAAAAACUCAAGAUGCACAAUUUCGAAUGCUAUUUCCAAAUGUUCCACGAGAGGACAAAGUUAUACUUGUCUUUCGUGCGACUUGGAAUCCAAAUGAGCAGCAUGAUUUUCCUGGAAGAGUUUACGUCACUCAAAAAGAUAUAUACUUCUACAGUCAUCAUUUGGGCCUUGUUUUGAUAACUGGCGUUAAGUUGGCUAGUAUUAGUGAAGUUACAGCUGCUCCAGGCAGAGAUUGUGACUUCUUAUUCCUGCAUCUCCUCGAUACUUCACCUGAUACAGGAUUUAACAGGAUCACCAUUAAAACAUUCCUUGAGCCUCUUCGAUUGCUUCAAUCGCGACUGAAUUUUUUGGUUGAUAUAAAUCAAGCCGAGAAUCCGAUGAGCUUAGAAGAUAUCAUGACGGCAUUAAUCAAAAUGGAGCAUGAAGACCCUACUAGAAGUCCUAGCAUGGAGAGUUGGGAGGAUGUUGACGUCAAUACACCAAUCGAUGAUGGGACGAUCUCGGGUCGUACUCACAGUCGUAGAGAUCGUGAUCUCAGAGCCUCAUUGCAUGUUGAGCGCGGGCUCAAUUUCAAUAGAAAAGGGAAGGAAGUGCAGAAAUUCCAACUUCCUUCUCAGCCUGUCAUCUAUGAGCCACCCGAUAUGCAACGAAAGACGGUCGAGCGAGAAUUUGGUAUCAGUCCAAAGGCUCUUUUCCACUUGAUGUUUGGCGACAAAAGUGCAGUGUUUCAACUACUUUACCAUGAACGGAGGGCACAAAAGAUUGCUCAAGGUCCAUGGAUUCAUCUUGAUGGUAACCACAUGCGUCGAGACUUUGAAUUUCAAAUUGACUACGUUGAUUCCUGGCGAAGAUCACGACAAGCAAACGUUGUUGAUCAUCAAAUUAUUGAUAUCAUGAACGACCAUGUAUGUUAUGUUGUUACGGAUUCCAAGACCCCUUGGCAUCUACCUCAUUUUCAAGAUUUUAUGCUGGUCUCGAAGAUCGUCAUUACACAUGUCGCCAAAUCAAAGUGCAAAUUGGCAAUCUACACGAAGGUCGAAUGGUCAAAAUCCCCUAAAAUUGGAAAAGGUCUAGUUGAGAGACAGGCGCUCGAUGAUUGUGCAAUGGAUGCUGAAGAUUUGGCCGAUGUUAUUGCUGAUCAAGUUCGAAAGUUGGGACCCAACAGCAGGACAAAGAAGGCUAUUCACAUUUACGGACAUGUAGGACACCAAAAAACAGUCUCACUUUUUUCGGCCAACGACGCAAGCAAGUCAAAACGGCCACAAAUUAAGCAACGUACACUCACAAAUAUGUUGCUUGAGACACUCAGCUCGUUUGGUGAGAGUUGUAUAUCAUCGGUAAUGAUGUGGACGUUUGCGGUAUUCCGAUCCAUAUGGAAGAUAUCCAGUGCCCACACUAUCAUUUUGACUGCACUGAUAUUGAGCAUGUUGGUAAACGCAUUCCUUACUGGCCGCGAUACAUCAGAAUGGUGGACAGAACGGAAUGCAGCAAAAUUCAUGAGUCGAAUGGGAGUCGGUCCUAAUCCAAGCAUGAGCAAAGCAAUUUAUUUGAAAGAUCUUGACGAAGCUGUGAAUAACCUAUCGACGGGAGUCCAAAGUCACCAUGAAAGCAAAUGUUACACGCAAUUUAUGGAAAUCGCCAAUGUUACGGAUCUGAACGCUCCUUAUGAGAUGGCAGGGUCACCAUUCACCAAAACAUCAACCAAAUCAACAGCUAAGAGACUUCGAAGAACCCGUCAGCAUCUAGGCUCGUACAGAUACGAUCUGAUGAUCGCCAUGAGAGUGGUUAACAAUAUUGAGAGAAAUGUGCUCAAAGCAGAAUGGGAGAAUUGGCUCCUGGAUGAGAACAUGAGAUGCAAACAAGCUCACAUGAUGUUGCGAGAGAACCAGACAAAUAGUCUAUCAAGUAGUAAAGUCAAAGGAGGUUCAAGUCAACAAGUUCUUCAGGUGGAUGAUAAUAUGAAUGAACUCAGGAAGUGGCAUCAGGAGUAUUGUGGUAGCUGUAAAGCCGAACAGGAUUUGCUCACACAAGGAGAGGAGGGUGUAACAUUCGGUUGA